UUUUUACGCUCGGUGGAGUAGAGCUGCGGCUGUUACUGACCGAGAGAGACGAGCCGGUACAUGGACCGUUGUUCGAGACUGUCCUGUAAUGGUAGAUUUAUAGAAAUGAUACAUGGAGACUGAGACGAUGACAGCCUGUCGAGGUGUCUGAACACUUUCUAGCAUCAACAGUAGCUCGUUCUAUUUCACACACGGUUAUGGAGGAUCUCACCAUGCGUUUGUCCAUCACCUCCACCACCGGUGGUCCUUUGGAACUCACUGUGCCCCGGGGAGAGACGGUGGAAGGACUGAGGACACGGAUUUCCCAAAAACUCAGAUUGCCCAGAAACAGAACCAUCCUCCUGCACCGAGACAGGCAGCUGACUGCAGGAAAACUGCUGGAGCUGGGAGUAACAGAUGGCAGCAAACUCACCCUGGUCCCUGUCAUUGAGGCUGGUUUAGUAUUUUCAACUACUAGAUCUAAAAGAACUAUGAUGGACGUUUUGGAAAGUCUACCUGACAAUCAGAUCAGUGACUUCUUGUCUGGACACUCACCUCUGACAAUCAAUCUGGGAAUUGGAGCUCAUGUAAUGUAUGUGCAGCUCCAGCUGUCUGAACAGGAUGUGAAGAAGCUACAGGAGAACGGGGAUCUGAGAAUACAGAGAAACACAGAGCUGCAAAACAGCCUGUCGACUGCUGUUGGCAUGAGCCAAGCUGACUCUGGGUCAAUGUCCUUUAUCACCUCAGAAUCUCCCCAAAAAUCAUCUACUCCAGUCUUAGACUCUGGUGUCUGUCCAACCGCAGUCCAUGAUAAUGUAGAAAGACCCCUUAACCCAAAUGCUGUCUCAUUCAGUUCCAUCCCUCGUGCCAACAACCAGCAAUACUCAUCUCUACCUCAGUCCAGUCAAUUUGGACACACACAACCAUCUGCUUAUUCACAGUCCAGUGGUCCGCUCCAAGCAACUGCACCAAUUUCCUCUUCUGCUCCUGCUGGAUUCAGUCCUGGACCACCAAGCCCAGUGGAAGCCACAACCUUUGAAAAGAGUAAUGUUCAGACAUCACCCUCUACUGACCAGAGGAGGCAGACAGGAGCUGUUAUAGAAAGCUUCGUAAACCACUCUCCGGGAGUCUUCUCUGGAACUUUCUCAGGCACUCUCGCUCCUCUCAGUCAGACUGGAGUGAGCCACCCUCGACAUGGCAUCAACAUCAUUCUCCAGAUACUUAGUGACCUCCUCAGAGCUGCUUGUCACCACCAGGUGGCCCUAUCACACGCCCUUCCUGAACAUCACUGUCCUGCUGUGAACUCCUCACUCAACCCAGUGCUCACAGAGGGAGGAUCUGGCAAAACAAGAAGUAAACCAGUUGUGACCCAGAGGGCAGAGCACACCGGUAAACGUUCAGGUGAGGAGAUCAACUCUCACCGUUCACUCACUGAAGAGGAACAAACCUUGCACUGUAAGCUAGAGCGCCUUCAGUCACUGAUGCAUGAGCGGCGCUUUCGUAAAAGGACACAAAGGAGCACACAUCUUCCACAAAUGUCUCAUCCCUACCAACGUCAACAACAUCUCUAGACCCCGGACAAUAAAGAUCCACUCACUGUGACAGCAGUAGCAG